ACGAGUGCAGCAAAACUGUUGAAUUCGGUUUAAAUCUAGUUCUUUGAUGGCUAGUUUCAUUUCUUUUUCCGCUCCGUAGAGGUUUGAUCCAUUAUCAGAGUGUAUUUCUGAUGGAUUACCUCUUCUACAAAUAAAUCUAUGAAUUGACAUGAUGGCAGAAUCCGUAGUAAGGGAAGAAGCCAGUUCUAGAUGAAUUGCCCUCGUUGACAUACAGGUGAAGAUAACCGUAUCUUUUUUCCUUCCUUCUAUCAAUUGUGACUGUCAUGGGGCCAAAAUAAUCCAUACCUGUAAUCAAGAAUGGUCUGCAUUGUUGUACUAUCCUAAAGUCUGGAAUUAGUCCCAUCUGCUGAGUUUCAACCCUGGCGUUUUUCUUUUUACAUAUAAUGCAGGAUGAUAUACAAGCUUUUACUGCUCAUCUCACGUUGAUUAUCCAAAAUCUUUUCCUUAAAUGGUUUAUGAUUUGUUAUUUUCCCUGAUGAUGAUUCAGUUUAUGAUAAUGCCUCGUAUUAAUAUGUAGGUGUUGUCCUUCAUCCAAUCGUCCACUUAGUCUCAAAAUAUUGUCUUGGCCGAUAAAUACAUUCAAAUUUCGAAGACGACUUUGUUUUCGAUAACACUGCAGCCAUGUCAAUAUAACCUUUGCCCCGAAAAUAAGAUAAAUAAAAAACCAUACAUUUACUUCAUUAGUUUUCCAUUACAGAAAUAUUUCUCUCAGCGUAUCUUUUGUUUCGAAUGAAGUUUCAAAUGUCUAGUAUGAUAUUUGAGAUUCGAUUAAACGUUUCAGAGAACCACAAAAUAGAUUACCAAAGUUUUUAAUGGUGUUAGUGUUUGUGGAUUUUGAUGUUGCCAUUAAUUUUCUAUUGCAAGACUUGUUACUGGCAAAUAAGGAUAGUGUUCGACUGAAGUAGUUUGCAGCCCGUUAUCGACUUGUACUGGAAGUUUGUCCCGUCGAUCAUUCUAGAAAUUCUCCACUUCAUUUUAUGUUUCAAAUUUUGUAAGGAGGACAUUCCCAAAGCUCGAAAAACAAACGUGAAAUUUAUUAGAGGAUUGUUAAAAUGCUCUAGAAAAUAAUGAAAAAAAUCAGCUAGCUGUAAGUCAAGGGAAAAGUCGUCAGCUGAUAAGAUUCAGUAGGUGACAGAUGUUGAGGAACCAGCUGAUAAACUUUCCACUGAGAUACAGCAAGGUAAAGUUGAGAGGAAAACAUUGAAAAUAUAAUUUUUUUUUCAUGUUCAAACAGUUUCAUGUUCAUGUGCAGCUGAAUUUAUUUCUCCUUCAAGAUAUUGGGUGAACUAUAAUCCGACAAAUUUCAAAAUGGGGGGAAAUGAAUGAAAAAACUUUUUUCUUCUUCAUACUUGGGACGCUGCCAUUUCCCGCCCCACCCACUUCUUUUUAUGUUUCAAAUUUUGUAAGGAGGACAUUCCCAAAGCUCGAAAAACAAACUUCCUCUACAAAAAAAUUACUUUUUGGUACUCCGAAGUGUUUUUUAAACACAGUAGUGCCUCCGUAUUUUUGACUACACGAAUAACUCGCUUUGUCAGUUUUGCACGUGCAAUUCUCUCUUUCAAACCGUUCGGAUCGAAACGAAGACAUUUCAAGAAUCAUUUGAAUCGCCAUCAACGUACGUGUGUGUACCAGCAGUCCGUUUGUUGUGUUCUCUCGUCACUUUAAUUAUUACCAUAAUGCCGAGAAAGUUUUCUACCGGCGGCGACAUUUGGAAAAGAAAAAACUCGAUCUUCGGUAUUAUACUUUUGGUCGAUAUCUGCCAUAAACAAAAGAGAAAUGCGUGCGCGGAGUUUUGCAAAACUUUUGUGGGUGUAUUUGUAUGCACAUGAAAUUGCAGGUUUACAAACGAAUAAAGUAAAAUGUCUCGAAAACGGUCGUUUCUACAGAGAUCCGGAACGACCAGCGCAUAAAAUGUGGACCAUGGAUGAAUGUUCUAGAUACUUUCUUUGUUUAGAGGGAGAAGUUUUCGAUUUUCGAUGUUCCGUUGACUUGCUCUUCGACGUGGACAGGCAAAUAUGUGAUUUCAAAGUCAAUGUAGACAACUGUGACAUUACAGCAGAAACCACAUUUCUUAAGCCAAUGCUCGACAAAGCAAAAUGUUCAGACCAGUACCACUUGGGAUGCGCCGAUGGUACUUGUCUACCACAAGAGUACUUCUGCGAUGGAUCCCUCGAUUGUCCGGAUGGAAGCGAUGAAGGGCUUUGUGACCUCAAACAUGACCCUAAUGGGGCUUCGCCCUGUGACCCAAGAACUUGUCUGCUCCCCAGUUGCUACUGCUCGGAAAACGGAACCCAAGUGCCAGGAAAUCUACCUCCGUCGAUGAUCCCGCAAAUGGUUCUUCUCACGUUCGACGACGCAGUGAACGAUGAUAACUGGGACCUCUACGCCAAGGAGCUCUUUCCGAAUUUCCGCAAGAACCCCAACAAGUGUCCCGUUAGAGCGACCUUCUUCGUGAGUCACCAGUACAACAAUUACCAGUGCACGCAGCAACUCUGGAAUGACGGCCAUGAGAUAGCUGUUCAUUCAAUUACAUAUUGGAAAAUCAAAAUAUCGUAUCCCGAGGUGUGGGAGCUGCCUCUGAACCCGAUGGAAGUGAAGGGUUACACUUGUUCCAUGGUGGAUGCGUGUCCUUCCAAUUUAUCAGCCAUCGAAGUCUACGAAAUGCUCACUCACAACUUCAAAAGACACUAUCUCAGCAACAGGGCUCCCUUCGGACUUCACUUUCACUCCUCUUGGUUCAAGAAUCCUGAAUAUCUUGCAGCAUUUCAGAAAUUCUUGACGGAAACCCUGAGACACCCAGACGUAUGGUUUGUGACCAAUAACCAAGCCAUCGAGUGGAUGAAACGGCCGACAAGUCUGAACCAGUUGCAUACUUUCGAGCCGUGGAAUUGUAAAAAACAUUUCGAGAAGGCGGAAAUAGCUUGCAACUCGCCCAAUAUCUGCCAGCUCCACAGCAGAGUAUUUCAACAGAACAGAUAUCUCAGAACCUGCUCCGAUUGCCCUCAGAAGUAUCCAUGGAUCAGGAAUGAGUUUGGUUUCGACUGAAGAAAAACCAAAUAUUGAUCAUCAGAAAAAUCAUUCCGUUAGGUUGUAGUUAUUUAUUUGCCUUGUUAGUACUAAAUAAAACAACUGAUUAUGUAAU